GCUCCGGGGGGGCGGAUGGGGGGCGCUCAGCGCUUCCGUCUGGGCGCGGCGAUAACCUCGGGGCCGGAUGACCCCCCCGGGGCGCCCCGGUGUUCGGACCCCCCUGCCGGCCGCCUGCGGGGCACAGCGGGGCUGAGCGCCUGCGGGGCGGCGAUGGGGUCCGCGCUGCUGCCGGCGGUACCGAUGGUGACGGUACCGGUACCGGUGCUGCUGCUGCUCGGGGCGCUGCGCGGGACCGCCGGCGUGCAGCUGCUGCACGCACAGCACAGCGCCUACCGAGGGCCCGACGGCAGCUACUUCGGCUUUGCGCUGGAUUUCCACGUGCAUGGGGGAAGGGUCGGCGUGGCCGUGGGCGCCCCGCGUGCCAACACCUCGCAGCCCAACGUCACCGAACCCGGAGCCGUCUUCCUCUGCUCGUGGCCGCCGGGACCGGCAGCGUGUCGGCUCGUGUCCAUCGACAGCGCUGGGGACGAAGAGGAGCUCAGAGACGCGGUGCAGCUGCAGGUGCACAAAUCAAGGCAGUGGUUGGGAGCAUCGCUGGCCAGCCACGCCGGCACGCUGCUGGCCUGCGCCCCGCUGCAGCACUGGAACGCGGUGCGGGGGCGCAGCCAGGCGUUCCGCACCCCGGUGGGCGCCUGCUAUGUGGGCAGCGCGGGGCUGCGCAGCCUGGCCUGGAUCUCCCCGUGCCGGGAUGUGCGCAUGGCCGCCUCGUAUCGGGACACCAAGUACGGUGAGCGGGGGGCGAGGGGGGACGGGGCGGGACCCCCAGGUUGGGGGGAGCUGAGCCGCUGUGCCCGCAGUGCUCGACCAGCGCUACUGCGAGAUCGGCUUCAGCGCCGCCGUCACCGCGGGCUGCUGUACGUGGUGGAGGCGGCCUCCAUCCUCGCCCGUUUCCCCAACUCCUCCCUGCUGUGGUCCCACAGCCCCGGCCGCCCCACAGUUGAGCAGGCGGACCCCGAAUACAUCGACGGGUACCGGGGGUACUCCGUGGCCGUGGGAGAGUUCGAUGGCAACCCCGAAACCAAAGGUUUGCUGCCCGUUUUCCCCCCAAACCCCUUUGUUGGGCUGUGGCCCCACGGCCCCCUGUGCCCCAGAAGCCGCGGGCGCUCAGGGCCGGCCCACCCCACAGAGUUCGUAGUGGGGGUCCCCAAUAAAGGCAACACGAGGGGCGAGGUGGAGAUCUUCAGCGGGCCAUCGCUGCGCCGGCUGUAUGGCAUCCCCAGCGAGCAGGUGGCCUCCUACUUUGGGCACACUGUGGCCGUGGCCGAUGUCAACGGGGACGGGAGGGACGACGUCCUGGUGGGAGCCCCGCUGUUCGUGGAGCGGCGCGCGGAGGGGAAGCAGCGCGAGGUGGGGCGGCUCUACGCCUACCUGGGGGGCUCCCGGCGGCCGUGGGAGCGGCGCCCCCAAACCCUGACGGGCACGGAGCCCUACGGCCGCUUCGCCGCCGCCAUCGCCCCGCUGGGGGACCUGGACCUGGACGGCUGCGGCGACGUGGCAGUGGGCGCCCCAUACGGCGGUGAUGAUGGCAGUGGGGCCGUGCUCAUCUUCCGGGGUCAGCGUGAGGGGCUGAGCCCGACCCCAACGCAGCGUCUCAGCAGCCCCUUCCCCGGCCCUGCCGCCUUCGGCUUUGCGCUCCGUGGUGCCACCGACAUCGAUGGCAACGGGUACCCAGAUCUGCUGGUCGGCGCUUUUGGGGUCUCCAAGGUGGCGGUGUACCGGGCACGGCCUGUGGUGGUGGCCCAGGCACAGCUGAGCGUCCCCAGCGGGCUGAACCCACAAGUGAUGGAGUGCGUCCUGCCAGGGAGUGACAGCAGGGUCACCUGUUUCCCAGUGCAGCUGUGUGUCUCCGUGUCGGGACGCCGCAUCCCUCACAGCAUCCGGCUGAUGGCAGAGCUGCAGCUGGACCGCCUGAAGCAGCGGGGACACCGGAGGGUCCUAUUGCUGCAGGGACAGCAGGCGGCGUGGCAGCAGGAGGUGACCUUGGAUCCGGGGGUGUCACCGCAGUGUCACCGACUGGCUGCGUAUCUGAGGGACGAAGGGGACUUCAGGGACAAGCUGAGCCCCAUUGUCACCAGCCUCAGCCUGGCGCUGCCGUCCCCGCAUCCCCACGGCCUGGGGUUGGUGCUCUAUGGGGACACCCACGUGCAGGCGCAGACCCACAUCAUCCUGGAGGACUGCGGCGACGACAACAUCUGCGUCCCCGACCUGCACCUCUCUGCCCACACGCUGGACGCACGGCUGCGGAUCGGCGAUGACAACACGGUGACACUGCGGGUCAGGGCCACCAAUGCAGGGGAGGGGGCUUUCGAGGCCGAGCUUUGGGUGCAGCUCCCGGAUGGCAGCUUCUAUCAGCGGGCACUGAGUGACACAAAGGAGAAGCUGAGCUGCAACCCCAGGAAGGAGAACGGAACCCACAUGGUGGUGUGCGAGAUUGGCAACCCCAUGAAGGCGAGCACGCAGAUCGCUGUGGCCAUGGAGCUGAGUGUCACCGGGUUGGAGGACGCGGGCGAUGCCAUCACUUUCCAUCUGCAGCUCAGGAGUAAGAACAGCCCCAGUGUCACCGCAGCUGUGACCAUCCCUGUGGAAGCGCACGCGGAGAUGGAGCUGAGGGGCAUGUCCCUGCCUGCCACCACGGUGCUGCCCAUGGAGUGGCAGCGGGCUGGGGACAGCCGCCGGCCGGAGGACCACGGGGUGCGUGUGGAGCACGUCUACCAGCUGCACAAUAAGGGCCCGGCCACUGUCACCAACGUCACCCUGAGCCUCCACGUCCCCAUCGCCGCGGGCGGCCGCACGCUGCUGUACCUCCUGGAGAUGGGCACCGAGGGUGGCAUCGCCUGCGUGCCACCCCCAGACCUCAACCCCAUGCAGCUGGAGGUGACCCAACCCCCAGAUAUGGAGCACAAUGGGACACGGCGGCGGGAGCGCAGGGAUGUGGGGGACGAGGAGGAGAGCGUCAGUGUGGACUGUGGCAAUGCCACCUGCGCAGAGGUGUGGUGCCAGGUGGGCAGCAUGGCGCAGGGACAGCGCGUGUUGGUGGCCGUCCGUGCGCUGCUCUGGAUGGAGACCCUGCAGCAGCAGGAUGACCACCCCCAGCACCUCUCCAUCCGCUCAUGGGGUUCCUUCAACACUUCAGCCAUGCCGUACCACAUCCGGCCCCACACGCUGCCCCACGGCACUGCCACGGCUGUCACCGAGGUGCUGCGCUCGCGGCCCGUUGCCGUCCCGGUGUGGUGGGUGGUGCUGGGGGUGCUGGCGGGGCUCCUCCUGCUCGCCCUCCUCGUCCUCCUGAUGGGGAUGAUGGGGUUCUUCAAGAGGACGCGGCCGCCGGCGGAGGGGGACAUCGGGGAGGGGGCAGUGGGACAGGAACAGGGACAGGGCCCGGAGAUGGGGGAUGGCCAGGGGUAGGGGAGGGACCCCAUGUCCUGCCCCCCCUCACGUCCCCCAUGUCCCAUCCCCACCCCAUGUCCCCAACAUCUAUGGGUUCCCAACGUCCCAAGCACCCUACACCUGCCCCAGCGUCCCCAUCCCUGCCCCAGUGUCCUCAGAGCCCCACGCCUGCCCCGUGUCCCCAACAGCUGUGGGUCCCAGUGUCCCUGUAGUCCCACCCCAGUGUCCCCAUCCCAGCCCCACUGUCUCCAUUCCUACCCCACUGUCCCCAACAUCUGUGGGUUCUCAAUGUCCCCAUCCCUCCCCCAGUGUCCUCAGUGCCCCACACCUGCCCCAAUGUCCCUAUAGCCCCCCCAGUGUCCCAACCCUGUUGUCCUCAAUGUCUGUGGGUUCCCAGUGUCCCCAAAUCCUGCCCUAACGUCCCCAACCCUGCCCCAGUGUCCCCACCAUCUAUGGGUUCCCAAUGUCCCCCUUCCCACCCCAAUGUCCCUAUAGCCCCACACCUGCCCCAUGUCCCCAUAGCCACCCCUUCCCCCCAUGUUCCUGCCCUGAUGUCCCCAACAUCUGUAGGUUCCCAGCGUCCCUGUAGUCCCACCCCAAUGUCCCCACCCCUGCCCCAACGUCCCCAGAGCCUCACGCCUGCCCCAGUUUCCCCAUAGUUUUGCCCCCAUCUCCCCAUCCCUGCCCCAUUGCCCCCCACACGCCAUACCUGCCCCAGUGUCCCCAACGUCUGUGGGUUCCCAGUGUCCCCAUAGUCCCACCCCAGUGCCCCACACUUGCCCCAGUGUCCCCAAAAUCUAUGAGCUCCCAAUGUCCCCAUCCCAAGGUCCCCAGCACUCCUCUCCUGCCCCAAUGUCCCCUCACUCCUGUUUCAGUGUCCCCAUAGUCCCGUCCCCAUGCCCCCCUCCUUUCCCCAAUGUCCCCAGCACCCCACACCUGCCUCGAUGUCCCCAUUCCCACUCCGAUGUCCCCAACAUCUGUGGGUUCCCAAUGUCCCCCUUCGCACCCCAAUGUCCCCAGCACCCCACACCUGCCCCAAUGUCCCCGUAGUCCCACCCCAAUGUCCCUGCCCCAUUGUCCCCAACAUCAGUGGGUUCCCAAUGUCCCCGUAGCCCCACCCCACUGUCCCCAUCCCCCCCAGGUUCCUAUAGGCCUCCCCCCCACUUCCCCCUCCAAUAAAUCUCAGCAAUGCACUUGGUGACACUUGGUAUUGAGGUGACCCAAUGGGGGGGGAAUCCCUGUAGGGGGGUGUCCCUAUGGAGGGUCCUUAUGGGGCAGAUGCCUAUUGGGGUGUCUCUAUAGGGGUGUCCUUAUUGAAGGGUCCCUAUGAGUGUGUCCCCAUGGGGGCGUCCUUAUGGGGGGUCCCUAUGGGGGGAUGCCUACUGGGGUGCCUCUAUGGGGGAUGU